CCUGCGUUAGGUGUGGCCCCGGCGGGAUGCGGUGGGUGGGGGCGGGCUGGAGUUGGAGCGAGCAGGAAGUGAGGCCAGGGCCGCCCGGGAGGAGGAAGCCGACGGGCAAGUUCUGCUGCCACGGGACGCGGCCGCGGAGACAUGGAGGAGGCCAGUGGAGGCCGGGGAAAUGACCAGGUGCGGAACCUGCAGAGUGAGGUGGAGGGAGUCAAGAAUAUCAUGACCCAGAAUGUGGAGCGAAUCCUGGCCCGUGGGGAGAACCUGGACCAUCUCCGCAACAAGACAGAGGACCUGGAAGCCACAUCGGAGCACUUCAAGACCACGUCGCAGAAGGUGGCCCGCAAGUUCUGGUGGAAGAACGUGAAGAUGGUGGUCCUCAUCUGCGUGGUGGUGUUCAUCUUCAUCCUGCUCAUCGUGCUCUUCAGCACCGGUGCCAUCCCCACCUAGGCCGCCCCACUCCCGCCUCCUCCACAGGGAUGCCGCCCUGUCCAGGGCCCUCGGCCACGCCCCAGGAGCACCCGAUGCCCAGAAGGCAAGAGCUGGACUGUCCCUCAAGUGGGCUGGAGAGGCCCAGAGGACCCUGUGUGUGGCUGGGAGACUGUGGGUGGCUGGUGCACAAUAAAGAGCUCUCAGUGUCCCUGUG